GAAGAAUUUGUUGCUGUCUCGGAUGCAAGAUUCUGACCUUGUAGCUGGUGAAACAUGGUCGUCGCACAAGCACAUCCAUGCAAUUUUGAAGGGAUCUAGGUCCCACACGGAAUUAACAGCCAAGCCAAGACUGGGUAGAGAACCAUGAGAACCUUCGGAUCUUUUCUCGCAUUCGUCUUUGUUACAAAACAAUCUAGCACAACUUCCACGCCUUUGCAUACUUGAUCUUCUUAUUUUCCAUAAAGUAAUUAUCCUGCCAUCGGCUCUUCUAUUCCCUGUGUAUCUAUAAAGCCCACAAUUUCCCUCACAUUUUUUCUUCAACGAAAUCUCAACCAAUUUCAUUUCUUCUCUUAAACCAAAAGAAAUCACUCUGGUCUCUAUCUUGUAUUUCUUUGAUCGCCUCUUCUCAAUAUGGGCAACUAUAUUUCAUGCACUUUAGCCACGCCUUUGAUCAAGAGCUCCAAGGCUGCAAGGGUUGUUUUCCCAGCAGGUGAAGUUAGGCAGUUCAGGGAGCCCGUGAAAGCAGCAGAGCUCAUGUUAGAGUGCCCAAACUUCUUCCUAGCAAACUCACAAUCUCUUCACAUUGGCAGGAGGUUCUCUGCCCUUAGCGCUGAUGAGGAGCUGGAAUUUGGCAACGUUUACCUUAUGUUUCCUAUGAAAAGAGUUUUUUCUUCUGUCACCGCUGCUGACAUGGCCGUUUUCUUCAUGGCUGCAAAUUCUGCUGCUAGGAGAAUAUCUGGAGGAAAUAAUAAAACUAGGGUCUUGCCGGAAUCCGCUGAUGAUCAGAACGCUCGAGAAAGCCCAGAGGGAAGUGAAAAUGGAGCAUCAAGAUUGAGUCUGGAAGAAGUUGAGGGGUUUCCGGUGCCAGAAUACAAGUAUAGGCUAUCUAGUUGUAGAUCAAGGAAGCCUAUGUUAGAAACUAUAAAUGAAGAACCUGUUCGUUUAAGAUGAAUAGUAACUAAAUAAAUUAAAUUUUUUAGUUUGAUAACUCUUAAUUCCUGUCUCUUUACAUAUUAUCUCUGAGUUUUUAGCCAACAGAGAGGAUGAUUAGCUUGAUUUGGUGAUUAAUAUUAAAGAAUAUAAUCUAUGGUGA